UUCAGUUUAACGUUACUUUUCCAAACCAAGUAGAGAGACUGUAGGUUUCGUGUGGAAGAAAAUACAUUUAUUCUUUAUAUCAUGGAGACGCAUGUGAUGUUAGUAUUGAUGCUGUCACUUGUGAGUGUGAUCGGACGGACGAAUUCAUGCCCUCACGGUUGUGAGUGCUCCCAAUGGAAAGCCUUCGUUGUCUCAUGCAUGGACGUAGAUUAUAUUCCAUCGUUACCCGAGAGAACAGAAGUCUUAAGUCUUCACGAGACAAGGCUAACAAGAGUUCCCAAAGAUGCCUUUGCAAAUAUGGUCAACAUCUCAAGAAUCUAUCUUUCAGUGGAUAUCUUUCUGAGCAGGUUAGAAAUGCAUUCCUUCCACAGCCUGAGAGAGCUUACACAUAUAGAAAUAAGGAACACACGAAAGCUGACAUUCAUCCACCCUGAGGCAUUUAAGAAUCUCCCUAAUUUGCAGUAUUUAGGAUUGUUCAACACAGGCCUCACCAUCUUCCCUGACCUCACCAAAAUCCAGGCUGAGGACUCAUACUUUAUACUAGAAAUUAGUGAUAAUCCUUAUAUUGCUGAAAUUCCACCCAAUGCUUUUUUUGGCAUCACCAAUGAUCUACUAUCACUGAGGCUCUACAGCAACGGCUUUACAAAAAUCCAACCACAUGCUUUCAAUGGCACAAAGCUGGACUCAGUAUACUUGCAUAGAAAUAAGGAACUGACCAGGCUAGAUGAGAAAAUGUUUGCUGGGACAAGUAGUGGGCCAAUGCUCCUUGAUGUGUCAGAAUCAGGAGUUACUUCUCUCCCAGCCAGAGGGUUGGAUUCACUUCGGGAACUCUGUGCUCGUAAUGUUUGGGCCCAAAAGCUACCACCAAUCAAGACUUUUAGACACUUAGUUACAGCAGACUUGACCUACCCCAGCCACUGCUGUGCAUUCAAGAAUUUGAAGAAAAAAAGGGGGUUCAUAGAGGAAAUCAUUUGUAACCUGACUGCUAGAAAGAAUCAACUUCAAAAGAGAUCUGUGAGAGCUUUUACAAUUCCUGGAGUGCAGAGCAGCAUGGAACCUGGCAUCGACUUGAGUGAUACCCUCUUCAGAGACACUUAUGAUCACCAGGAUAUUUUUGGCAAUGUACAUUAUCACACUUAUUUUGACAAACAUGCAGAUGAUAAUAUGGGUUUUGGUGAAACACUGAAAAACCCCCAGGAAGACACCAGCCAUGAGUUUGACAGUCGCUAUGACUACAUUGUGUGUGAGGAAGGAGAGGAGGUUGCCUGUUUCCCUGCUCCUGAUGAGUUCAACCCUUGUGAGGACAUCAUGGGUUUCAGCUUUCUACGUGUGUCUGUGUGGUUUGUCAGCUUGCUUGCUGUGUUGGGAAACCUGCUUGUACUUUUGGUGCUUCUGACCAGCCACUACAAACUGUCUGUUUCAAGGUUUUUAAUGUGCCACCUGGCCUUUGCUGACCUGUGCAUGGGCAUUUACCUACUGCUAAUUGCUUCUGUGGACCUCCACACACGUUCCGAAUACUAUAAUCAUGCUAUUGAUUGGCAGACCGGUCCUGGAUGCAGCCUAGCUGGAUUCUUUUCUGUCUUUGCUAGUGAACUAUCAGUCUACACCCUGACAACCAUCACCCUGGAACGCUGGUAUGCAAUCACGUAUGCAAUGCGACUGGAUCGUAAGUUGCGUCUCUCCCAUGCCUCAGUCAUAAUGCUGGUCGGCUGGAUCUUUGCCUGUUUGGGUCUUAUGCCACUUGUUGGUGUCAGCAGCUACCAGAAGGUCAGCAUUUGUCUGCCCAUGGACACUCAGACACUGGUUGACCAGAUCUACAUCAUAUGUGUACUUGUUCUUAACAUCCUUGCUUUUGUAGUCAUUUGUGUCUGUUACAUCAAGAUCUACUGUGCUGUUCACAAUCCCAGUCAUCAGUCUAGCAACAAAGACACCAACAUUGCCAAGCGUAUGGCCGUGCUCAUAUUUACUGACUUUCUCUGCAUGGCACCAAUUUCAUUGUAUGCUAUGACAGCUGUUUUAGACCACCCACUAAUCACUGUGUCAAACUCCAAGAUCCUGUUAGUGCUGUUUUACCCUCUGAAUUCCUGUGCUAACCCUUUUCUAUAUGCCAUCUUCACCAAGGCCUUCCGAGGGGAUGUCUUUAUACUGCUCAGCAAAGUGGGUCUCUGUCAUCGCCAGGCUCAGCUCUUUCGAGGACAGACAGUAUCUUCAAAGGCAAGCAGCAGAGGAAUCACCAGACAUGAGAGGGAGCAAACAGGAGCAAAUGAGACUCCUAUUUCUCUUCUGGAUUUUCCAGGCAAAAUGACAGCCACACAGCAGCAGGAGGACAGUGACGGACAGGACGCUUGAAGCAUAUAUGUGUUUUUUGGGCACACUGUGUACAUUAUAUAAUGCCUGUUUAACAACAGUAAACAGCAGUGCAGAAUUAUAGCCUCAGUAUUACCACACAAAGGUUCUAUCCAGCAAAGUGUUGUGUGUAUGUGGUUUGAA